AUGAAUUUUCAAGAAAAACAGCAACCACCGGCGGCCAGCAGAAGAGAUGGCGGCGGUGGCCCUACCGGCGCUAAUGCGAGCGCUUCGGAAAGAGGCGCCGCCACGGCUUUGCCGUCGCUUAGAAGAGCUUUCUCUCUCUACGAUCAGAUUAAUAUUAUCACUCAAGUCCCCGAAGACCAGCUCCGUUUCCAAGAGUUUGAUGACACAGGGUUCAAAGUAAAUGGAGUUAGGUAUGAAGGUAGCAUACUUUGUGUAGGAAAUUUAUUGAUGUCUUGGACACCCAAGAAGUUCUCAGAUAUCACUGCUGAAAGCUUGUCUAUUUUUAAGACCUUGCCAGGUAAGAAGUCUAGUUAUAUUCUUCUAAAUUGUAAGCAACCAACCUCUUACUUGGAUUGAUUGAGAGAGGAAAUCUUCUUUCAUACAUAUGAAAUUAAGAUGGCAGUAUACUAGACAGUUAUAAUCAUUCAGAACUUUAUACACAAUGUGAACAGAAGCAGUACAUCCACAGUAGAUAGUAACUCAAACUAGACCUUCUAUAUUAUUGAACCUAGAGGAAAAACCUUAUGCUGACAUGAUCCUCUUGUUUGGUAUAUAAGGUGUUUGAUUUGAGGUAAAGUGCUUAUGUUUUUAAU